UCAUCAGGCGAAAUUGAUGUGGAAUGGAUUGAAUCGAAUCCUAGGAGUCAAAAUUAAGCACGACCAACUACCACCCAUCUCCAUCUUCUGCUCUGUAUAAAUCCAUUGCUCUCUCUCAGUCUCCCAUGAUCUUACCAGUACCAACACUGGCAGUAUCACUCACUGAUCAGCUAAUUAGUCGUCUUCCUCCUCUGCUUUGGCAAGAAGAAGAAAGAUGGCAGUGCCUUUUGCUUUCCUUCUGCUGAUUGUGUUGGAGUUGAUGAGCAGCAGCAUGCUUAUUAAUGGACAGAGAGUACCACCUACGGGCUACUACCCGACCUCCCUCCUCCCUUCCUCCACCUUCUACCAGUCCUUUAGAACCCUCUGGGGCCCUCAGCACCAGUAUAUUUCUCCUGAUCAAUCAUCUGUCACUCUUUGGCUUGACAGAUCAACAGGAAGCGGGUUCAAGUCCAUAAAUGCAUAUAGAUCGGGCUAUUUCGGAGCAGCUAUCAAACUCCAUCCUGGCUACACAGCAGGAGUGAUCACUUCAUUCUAUCUUUCUAAUGCGGAUCAGUACCCUGGACAACACGAUGAAGUGGAUAUUGAGUUCUUAGGCACCAUUCCCGGCGAGCCUUACACGCUGCAGACCAAUGUUUACAUCCAUGGAACUGAAGAAAAGGGGAUUGGGAGGGAGGUGAAGUUUCAUCUGUGGUUUGAUCCUACUGCUGACUUCCACAACUACGCCAUUCUCUGGAACCCAAGAGAGAUAGUAUUCUUCGUAGAUGAUAUCCCCAUUAGAAUAUAUACAAGAAAGUCCCCAAACACCUUCCCUUUGAGGCCAAUGUGGGUCUAUGCUUCAAUAUGGGAUGCAUCAGCUUGGGCUACGGACAAUGGAAAAUACAAGGCUGAUUACAGGUAUCAACCCUUUGUGGCCAAGUACACCAGGUUCAUCAUGAGAGGCUGCCCGGCUUAUUCGUCUCAGUACUGCCAGUCAGUGCCGGCCGCACCCGGCGGCACCUUCAGGCUGACCCUCAUGCAGAGGCUGGCUCUGCACUGGGCUCAGAGGUACUACAUGGUCUAUGACUACUGCAAGGACUCGUCCAGGAACCGUUCCCUCUACCCUGAGUGUUGGAUGAUCUCCAACAGUGCCUCAAUCAGGUCUUGAAAGACCAAAAGCAAAGAAAGAAAAAUGCUUCCUAGCAUGCCUUCACUUUGUUGAAAGGCAACAGUGUUCGUGGCCCUUUUUAAGAGCAGAAGAUGAAGGGCAGAUAUACGUAGUGUGAUAUAUUGAGUAGUUAGGAUACAUUUGUAUACGUAUACAGAUAUACCGUUCAGCUAGAUAGAAAAAAAUAUCGAAUGUAAGAGAUGGUACUCCAAAAGUUUACUUGCUUUCCUCAAUUGUAACGUAUUACUACAUGGGAUCAGGUUCCCUUGAGAAAAAUGCA